CUGUUUAACCUCCAGAAGACAAUUCGGGAGUCAUCGGAAAGGGGUGUUUUUGAUUACACAAGAUUCGUUUUUUCCCCCAAGCAGAAUUAAAGAAAGGAAUCCAGAAACAGUGCAAAAGAAAAGGUGGUGAAGAAAAAGCAGGGAAGUACUCUAGUAAUCUAGGAGUCUAUCAAACUUAAGUGACUCGCAACUGAAACCUCAGGAAACAGUGAGUGCCUCAUACAUAGGAUAUACAGAGUGACAUCAUGGAACCCGCCCAAUCCGAGAUGAGCAUACUGACCAAUGGCAAGAAUGAUCUGGGAGAGGACGUGGGCAUGCCAAUGAAGACACUCCUGGAGGAUGAUCAAUAUGAGGAUGGUGAAGGGAAUUUGGCAGAAAGUGAGGAGUUCCUACCUUGUCCUGAGGGAAAGAAGCCCACACGCUUCACCGAUUUUGAGGGAAAGACCUCUUUCGGCAUGUCAGUGUUUAACCUGGGAAACGCCAUCAUGGGGAGUGGAAUUCUGGGAUUAGCAUAUGCUAUGGCCAACACCGGCAUCCUCCUUUUCAUGUUCCUCCUAAGUGCUGUUGCUGCCCUGUCUUCCUAUUCCAUUCAUUUGAUGCUUAAAGCAUCUGGAAUUGUGGGCAUCCGGGCCUAUGAACAGCUAGGAUUCCGCGCCUUUGGUACUCCUGGCAAGAUGGCUGCCGGUAUCGCCAUUACUCUGCAAAACAUUGGAGCCAUGUCCAGCUACCUGUAUAUUGUGAAGUCAGAAUUUCCCCUUGUUAUCCAGGCUUUCCUGAGAGCAGAACCAUCAACGGAAGUGUGGUACCUGAAUGGUAAUUACCUUGUGGUUUUGGUGUCAGCCAGCAUCAUUCUGCCCCUGGCCCUGAUGAAGCAGCUGGGCUAUUUGGGCUACACCAGCGGGUUCUCCCUCACUUGUAUGGUAUUCUUCCUCAUCUCGGUCAUCUACAAAAAGUUUCAGAUUCCUUGUCCGUUUGAUGACUACUCAAGCAACAGCACGGUAGUGCUCCUUCAUUCCAAUAGCUCUGAGGCUUCUGUUGGAUAUCGCCUUGGCCAUGUCGAAGAUGACUCCCACUGCAGCCCUCGCAUGUUCACUGUCAAUUCACAGACAGCGUACACCAUCCCAAUCCUGGCCUUUGCUUUCGUAUGCCACCCAGAGGUGCUGCCCAUCUAUACUGAACUGCGCAACCCUUCCAAGAGAAGGAUGCAGCACGUCUCCAACGUCUCCAUUCUGAUCAUGUACACUAUGUACUUCCUUGCUGCUCUGUUUGGAUACCUGACCUUCUAUGACAAAGUGGAGGCAGAGCUGCUGCAUACCUACAGCAGGAUCGACCCCUAUGACACCCUGAUCCUGUGUGUGCGUGUGGCUGUGCUCACCGCAGUCACACUCACCGUGCCCAUCGUGCUCUUUCCUGUGCGACGGGCCAUCCAGGAAAUGCUGUUCCCCAACAAGUGCUUUAACUGGCUAAGGCACAUUUCCAUUGCCUUCAUCUUACUCACCUUCAUCAACAUGCUGGUCAUCUUCGCUCCUGACAUCCUUGGCAUUUUUGGCAUCAUCGGUGCCACAUCCGCUCCAUGCCUCAUCUUCAUCUUCCCUGCAAUCUUCUACAUCCGCAUCGUGCCCAAGGAUGAGGAGCCAAUGCGCUCUACCCCCAAAAUUAUGGCUGCCUGUUUCGCCACUCUUGGAUUCCUCUUCAUGGUGAUGAGCUUGAGCUUCAUCAUCAUCGAUUGGACAACGGGGAGCAGCAAUGCCAGCCGUGGCCACUAGGUUCUGCCUCCAUGUGUGUGCGUGUGCGUAUGUUUGCAUGUGUUUACGAGGGCAGACACGGAGUGCGCUGGCGAACAUCUUUUUCGACUGCUUAUCGUUUAUUUCAAAGAAGCACUAUUCCCUCCAAAUGCCGGCCAGGCCGCUAUGAAGCACCGCUUGGCCAGUGGAGAAGAGUCCUGGCAGCUUUAGCUGUUUUCGCUGAAAUAGCACUUAUCUAACCCCUUAGAUUUUGUGUUUUUUAAUUGGUUUAUUUUAAAGAGCAUUAUAAACAUUAUUAAGAAAUGUAGUUCAGACUGAAGCUGGCUUGCAGAAACCCACGGAUAUGCAUACACGCAUACGCACACAUGCAUCUUUUCCUCACCUACCAUCCCUGGACCUUAUAAAUGAUAGAUUGUACUGUACAAAAACACAGAUGGAGGCUAAUGGGUUUUGAAAUGCUGGAGCAUACGUAUAAGAGGAAAGACAUGUAGUAUUUUGUAUAUUAAAGCUAUAAUGACAUGCUAUGUUGUAAUUAGGACUUGAGAAUUGUAGUGUGCAAUAGUGUGGAAUGGAAGUCACUGGAGAGAAGGGAUGAUGCAGCAGGUCUGCAGCUGCUGGCCGCCCUCGGCUCACAGGGCUGCUGCUCCAAGCUCAGGCUGGGCCUGGUGCUCUCAUACACUUUUUGACUCUCCCUCUUGGAUAAAUAUUCGGAGUAAUGCAACACGGCUUCAACCAAAUAUGGCAGUAGUGAGAUGACUGUAUUUCAUUAUGUGCAUAAUUACAGUAUUCUUACGGCAGGAGGUAACACGAAAGAGGACAUUGCAGCAUGACUGGUAUUUUAGAGUGAAGGAUUUCAACUCUUAUUUAACCAGGGACACGCAAAUAGACAACCCCCUAGCAUUAAGGUAUUUGUGACUAAAUGACUGCUAAGUAAGAACUCCGGACUGGAAGGGGAGCAGCAAACCUCGUACAAAGGCUCUGCGGGCCCCCAGGAGGUCAUAGACCCAAGGUUGCAAACCACUGUUUUUGAGUGAGUAGAGUGUGUUUUUAGUGUGACUGAGUGGGCUGCAGAUGACUCGUUAAAUGGCAUGUAGCUGUUUUCACUCUAGCAGGAUUUUGAUCCUUCUUUAAAGGCAGGAUUCUCUUUGAGCAGUUCAACAACACCAAAUUGAAGAAAUAAGCUUGUAGGUCAUUCAUCUUCAAAAAUUUCCACUUGAUUGUUUUCUAGAGAAGCACAUAAGAGCAAAAGACAGUUAUUGAAAUAUAAAGAAUAACAUGCUUCUUGUUGGGAGAAACAAAAGAUAUCAAAGUAAAAAUAAGAUAGUGUCUAUGCACCAGGGUUGGUGUAGUGGGCAAGUUCAUCCAUCCAUCCAUUCAUUUUCCAAACCGCUUAUCCUACUGGGUUGCGGGGGGUCCGGAGCCUAUUGGGCAAGUUCAAUAAAAGACAAUAUUAAUACUCUAGAAAUCAAGGCAAAAGUGAAAAGGGCCAGUAAAGUGGUGGUAUGUGGCUCUGAGAGUCAGGGGUCUAUGACAAUGACAUUCACUAUCACUAGAAAAUGGACAGAGUACAUAUAUGCAUAAGUAACAUCUAACCAGCUGAACUUUGCUAGUUUGCAUGCGGAUCUCAACAAAAACAUAGAUGAAUUGAACUUUUUGGUAACAUUUUAUGUGAGGGGGCACAAAUAACGUAGUAGUAAAUCCUUACUUAAGGCAUUAGUUAACCAGAACCUAAGUGUUAGUUACAUGCUGAUCCCACGUUCAUUCAUCAUUAAUAAAUCAUAACAGUUUGCAUAUUUCAUGAUUAGUUCUUGAGUAGUAACUGAGUAACUAAGUUAUUUUUGCCCCCUCAAGCAAAGUGUUUCCAGUUUUUUAAAUUAUUUUCAAGGCAUUUAAUAUAACAGUCAAUAAUUUAUACAUUUGUUCGCAAGAGACAUAAUCAAUGGAUAAAACGUAAGAUUUCACUUAUUCAGCAAAUAGCUCCUGUGCUGACUGUUGAUUAAUUUCAGCUAAACUACUGGUGCAUCCUCUUGGCUAUGGACUGCAGGUACCUGCUCCAUUGUCUAUUACCCAGCAGUAUGUUAUAUAAUAAUAAGCAUAAGUUCAGCCAGGUAAGGGAAGCGACAGACCAGCAGUAAUGACAAAACAAAAACAAAGGAAAUGCAUAUAAAUAAUCUAGCAGCAGCAGGCUGGCCAAAGGUAAAUGGGUGAAAAGUACUUUGCUUUUUCAAGACGGUCAUUAGAAGGAUUGUUGUGAUCCUUUUGCAUACUGUGUAAAAAUAAGCAAAACAUUAUUAGCAUUUUUAGUUAAACACAUACAAAUAUAACCACUACCUAGCUGUGGUCUGCAUACACCUUUACUCUUUUAUUAUCUUUACGUAAAAACAUUUUGUUUGUUGAAACAAACCAUUUCACCAGUAACAUGUCUGAAUUUAGAGGACACACAUAACCACUGUAAUCCAUCCAUUUUCCAAACCGCUUAUCCUACUGGGCCGCGGGGGGUCCGGAGCCUAUCCCGGAAGCAAUGGGCACGAGGCAGGGAACAACCCAGGAUGGGGGGCCAGCCCAUCGCAGGGCACACUCACACACCAUUCACUCACACAUGCACACCUAUGGGCAAUUUAGCAAGUCCAAUUAGCUUCAGCGUGUCUUUGGACCGGAGUACCCGGAGGAAACCCCACGACGACAUGGGGAGAACAUGCAAACUCCACAGGCAUGUAACCCAGGUGGAGACUCGAACCCGGGUCCCAGAGGUGUGAGGCAACAGUGCUAACCACUGCACCACCAUGCCGCCCCAUCACUGUAAUACUUCCAGAAAUAUUUUAUUAUUAAAUCAUUUUCAGUUAUGAAACAUAAUUGUGUUCCAUUUCAAGUCUGGAAAUUAAUCUUCACAAGUCCAAAUUCCUGGUAAUAAGAACUGAAUUUCCAUUUUGGCUUUUUUCCCCACCCGUUUAAACCACUAUUGAAUGCCACUUACUGAAAAUAUCCUUCACUCAAAACAACACAAUACAGCACAGGAAUGAAUGACUGCUGCCUAUCGAUAGCUGAGGAAUGCAUGGUCAAGGAUAAAAGUUAUAUAUGAUAAUGAAACAGGGUUUAUUUGUAUCCUAGUUUCUGCAGUUAUAUGAUUAAGUGUAAUGACCUACUUAUGUAAUCAUAUAUGACUGCUAUAGAAAGUUCCUAAUACGACAGCAUCCAAGUACUUGCAUUUAUAUGGUCAGAGUAAAUUAUUUUAACAGUAGUUGAACUUCCAUAAACCAGUAACAUAUUAAUUUAUAAGCUUCCUUGGUUGGGGACAUGGAGAACUGGGAGACUGAAAAAAAUGUAUGAAAUCACAAGGUUCAUGUAUAAAGUAAAGAUGCUAUUGCUUUACCUACUAUUUAGGCUUUGCUCUUGAGUCUAUAAACUGAUUUCUAUGCUUAGAGCUGUGUAAUACAAAUGCUGUUUUCUAUUUCAUUAUUUUAUUGAAUUUUUUUUCAACAAUUAAAUGGAAGUCCCUUCCUCCUUUGUGUUCAAUAAUUGAACUUAAUUGAUGGGCUUUUGUGUAUGUUUCCAUCUGUACAGGUUUAUUACUGCAAAACAUGUUCCUCUUUUUUGAAAAAGCACGCGUCCGCACAUUUUAGUGAGCUAUUUCAGGUUGCUGUGUCUGGCUUAUGCUGCCACUUAUUUAUGCUGACUGCAGAGCACCGAUAAUUCUGUUCUUAAGUUCACAAAAAAUUUGGAGCUUGUUUCUUUUGUGCUUCAGCUAUAAUGGCUGCUUGGGGCAUCUUAGUGACCCUGACCUAUCAGAAUUGCAUAUCUAAAACAGAGGGAGACCUAUUUGUAUCGGCUGUCCGUCCAAAAGUUUGGCUCAAGACUAAUAAAUUCGGAUUUUAUAUUUUAUUUCCUUCUUUAGACAAGUGGUACAUUCUGUGUUAGAGCGGAAUUUUGAAAGGUCACAGCAGAAAUGUACCACUUCUGCCUACCGUGCUAUUCAUGUAAUGGUAAUAAUGAGAGACACCCAUAUUAUGAAAGUACACAGUAACUUUACACUUACAGGUCCCACUUAAAAUCACACAUUUUCCAUAAAACAUAUUUUCUCAGUUAUUUGUGGAUAUUUAUAAAUAACUAAAAACUUUAUUUAUUCAUCUUAUUCUACCAAGUUCUGUGAGCAGUGAUUUUAAGAAAGAGGAAGAACUGUCAAAAUGCCAUUUCCCUAUUAUUAUUGGACACAGUGGUUUUGUACACAAUAAUAAACUUUUGCUAUAUGCAGUACGGCCCAAAGUUCUCACUCUAGCAUUUGAGCACCAUCCCCAGGAGCUGUGAGGAAACUAUUCUAUUCUAUUCUAUUCUAUUCUAAUUGACUGGACACUAGAAACUGGAUACCUGUUAAUAAUACGCUACUCAUGAAUUACUUUUCUUUGGCAAUGGCUGUUUUCUUGAUCAUAAAAUGAGUGGUAAUAAAAAUAAAUGUAUGAUUUUUGGCAUUUUUUUUGGUAUAUUAGGCAACAUUUAUAUACGAUGUAUAUAAAAGUAAACCAUUUAUAUUCAUUGAUGCAUAUCCAGCUUGUAUAGUGUAAAUAGUAAAAAGUUUUAGUUUGACAAUAAAAACAAAUGUGAUCAUUUGUAAAUGUG